UUUAUUCGAAAAGUUAUCAGUUAUCUGGUGUGACCUCUUAUAAGCGGCUAUAAUUAUAGAAGUUUCUAAUCAUAAUCUUCAAAAAGAGUUAUUUAAACUGUACCAGUGUUAAAAUCAGCUACUCUUAAAUUAUUUAUUAGUUAAGUGAGUCUAACUGUUUACAAUGGCAACAGGUAGUGGAAAAAUCGCAUUAUUAUCAGUAUCAAACAAACUAGGCCUUGUUGAGCUAGGUAAAAACUUACACAGUCUUGGAUUCACUUUAGUCGGUAGUGGAGGCACAGCUGCUAUUCUUCGAGAUGCAGGUCUUAAAAUCAAAGAUGUCUCAGACGUAUCAGGAGCCCCCGAAAUUCUCGGAGGAAGAGUCAAGACUCUACACCCUGUUGUUCAUGGUGGAAUUUUAGCUAGAUUACUGCCUUCAGACCAAGAAGACCUCAAGAACCAAAAAAUAGAAAUGAUUAGAGUAGUAGUUUGCAAUCUAUAUCCAUUCGUAGAAACUGUCUCAAAUCCUAAAGUAACACUAGAUGAUGCCGUAGAGAACAUCGACAUUGGCGGUGUGACACUCUUAAGGGCAGCAGCCAAAAACCACCAAAGAGUUACAGUUAUUACCGAUCCCAAUGAUUAUAGUAAAGUCAUUAAUGAGUUACGAAAUAAUCCAGAGAAGGACACCUCAUUACAAACCAGGCAAACCUUAGCCCUAAAAGCCUUCACCCAUACUGCAGAAUAUGAUGCAGCAAUUUCUGACUAUUUCCGAAAAGAAUUUUCCAGUGGAAUCUCCCAAUUGACUUUGAGAUAUGGUAUGAACCCACACCAAAAGCCAGCUCAGAUAUAUACAACCUUGGAAAAGCUACCUCUCACCGUGGUUAACGGUUCUCCUGGUUUUAUCAAUCUUUGCGAUGCUCUCAAUGGUUGGCAACUUGUGAAAGAGUUAAAAGCUGCUAUUGGCUUGCCCGCAGCUACUAGCUUCAAGCAUGUUUCACCUGCAGGAGCAGCUGUUGGCGUGCCUCUCGAUGAAACUCAGGCAAAAGUGUGUAUGGUCGAUGAUUUAGCUGGAAAACUAACACCAUUGGCAAUUGCCUAUGCCAGAGCUAGAGGUGCUGAUAGGAUGUCUUCAUUCGGAGAUUUCGUAGCUCUUUCUGAUGUUUGCGAUCAAGUCACAGCUCGUUUGGUCUCCAGAGAAGUAUCAGAUGGUAUUAUUGCUCCAGGAUAUACACCCGAAGCAUUAGAGUUAUUGAAAAAGAAGAAAAAUGGAGGCUACUGCAUUUUGCAAAUCGAUCCAAGUUAUGUACCUAGUCCCAUCGAAAGGAAAAUAUUAUUUGGUUUAACCUUAGAACAAAAACGUAACGAUGCUGAAAUAAACAAAUCAAUUUUCACCAAUAUCGUCAGUGAGAACAAGAAUCUUCCCGAAUCUGCUGUAAGAGACUUAAUCGUUGCUACUAUCGCUCUUAAAUACACACAAAGUAAUUCGGUAUGCUACGCCAAAGAUGGCCAAGUUAUCGGAAUAGGUGCUGGUCAACAAUCUAGAAUUCAUUGCACCAGAUUGGCGGGAGAUAAGGCUGACAAUUGGUGGUUGAGACAACACCCCAAAGUGCUGAACAUGAAAUUUAAGAAGACUGUGAAAAGGGCCGAAAUCUCAAAUGCCAUUGACAACUUUGUUAAUGGAUCAGUAGGUAAAGAUAUGGAUAGAUCCCUUUUCGAAUCAAUGUACGUAGAAGUUCCCCUCGAAUUAACGCCAACAGAAAGACAAACAUGGUUGAGCCACUUGAAUGGCGUUGUUGUAUCUUCUGAUGCUUUCUUCCCCUUCAGAGACAAUGUGGAUAGAGCGCGACUGAGUGGAGUCUCAUACAUUGGCAGUCCAUCAGGUUCCACGAAUGAUGACGAAGUUAUUAAAGCUUGCAAUGAACACAAAAUCGUCUUGGCCCACACUAAUUUGCGUUUGUUCCACCACUGAUCUGUUAGCUAUAUACAUAAUGUACUAUUUUUAUAAAAUGUUUUAAUAAAAUAUCUUUUUGCU